GCAGUGGAAAUAAUAACUGCGUUGUACUUAUAUACCCCGAUUAUACUCGGAAAAAGAGUUGUGCAGCCAGUAAAGAGCUAACACCAAACGUUGGCAGAACUGCAGCCAAACUACUUUCGAAAACGACAUUAUGUAUAUCCAAGGACGAUUCUUCUUGUUGAAAGUUUUGGCAAUGCAACUUUGUGUUCUUCAGAAACCAGUAUCAGCCACUUACCCAGACAUACGAGAGUUUAUGAUGAAUCCUCCGAGAACCUGGACAUACAAUGCGACCCUGAAUUUCUCAUACAGUUGCAAAGUGGACUAUGCCUUAAACAUAAGUGGAAGAGACAUUUACUUUAACCAGUCCACAAUCGAGAAAACGGGCAUCAUCAUGUCUGGCAUUCGCAUAGGACAUACUUAUCAGAGCUAUGACCUCAGUGGGAGGCCCUGGAAUGUCAUGUUCAUUACUGACUAUCUGACUGGCUACACGCGCCGGCAAGUUAAGUUUCUGAUACCAGGAGUGUGCGCCGUUAAUAAGGUUGAAAGAUACGAUGACACAUGUAAGGACUUUUUUAUGCAUUCUCGAGUGACGUAUUUUUAUAUCGUAAAUUGAUUCUUCAUCGUGAACU